AUGGCCUUCACAAAGAAGAGAACGAUGUUGCAGAUUUUUCCACCAAGUCUGCGGGACAUUUGGGACAAGUGGGAGCUCCGAUUUGUGGUUUUGUCAAGUCUCAUCUUUCAAAUUACCCUGGUCCUUCUUGGGAACAAGAGGAAGCACAGAACAAGUACCUGGCUGAGAAUUACACUAUGGUUUUCCUACUUGUUAGCAGAUUGGCUUGCAACAAUCUCACUAGGAGUUCUUUCUAACAAAGUUGGAGACAGUACUGAAGGUGAUUUUGUGGAGCCAAAGUAUGUCAUAAUAUCUCUGUGGGCCCCACUUCUUCUCAUUCACCUUGGUGGCUCAGAUACAAUGACUGCUUACUCUAUGGAAGACAAUGAACUGUGGGGCAGGCGUUUUCUCAGUUUUAUUGUCCAGAUUGUGGUGGCACUCUAUAUCUUCCUAAGAGUCUGGACGGAUAACGAUCUCAACGUUUUGGCAAUACCGAUAUUCGUUGCUGGUAUUGUCAAAAUGGGGGAGAGAAUUUGGGUUUUGUGGUCUGCUAGCAGCCAGCAAUUCAAAGAGUCCUUGUUUCCUGACCCUGAUCCAGGGCCUAAUUAUGCUAGGUACAUGGAAACAUACAUUGCAGCAUCUCAUGAGGGGUUCUUGGUUGAUGUGCAAGGCCUUGAAACUCCUUCAAUUGGUGAUGACCACACUCAUGCAGCUGCAGAAGCCAACAUCAUCCCACUGCCACAAACUGACACACAUGGACCUGAUGAAAUUGUAAAGAUUGCUCACAAUUUCUUGAAGACUUUCAAGCCUCUCUUUGCAGAUCUCAUCCUGAGCUUCCAGGAUGUUUUGGAAAGCAGGUUGUCUUUGCAGAAUGGGAUUGGAGAGGAAGUGUUUCAAGUUAUGGAAGUUGAGCUUGGAUUUAUGUAUGAUCUCUUCUACACCAAAGCAGCAGUGACAUAUUCUUUCAUGGGUAGUUUUCUCCGUUUGGUCACAAUAUCUUGCAAUGUUAGUGUGCUGUGUGGCUUCUUUUCCAUACAGAAGAACCAAUAUCCAAAAGUGGAUGUGUUUGUUACAUAUGUGUUGCUGCUUGGAGCUAUCACCCUAGAGAUAUAUUCAGUAAUUUCACUAUAUAUAUUGUCACCAGAUUGGACAAUGCUGUGGCUGAGUGGGCACAAGAACAAGGUGACUAGUCAUAUGAUGCGGGCCUUGAAAAAGGUCAAAAACAAGAGGUGGUCAAGCAGCAUUGGUCAGUUCAACCUCAUAAGCUUUUGCUUGAAAGCAAAAGAACAAAGAUGCAGUAUCGUUCAAAAGCUUUGGUGCUUCAUGUUUGGAAAAGGUUUCAGAAAGAAAGUAGGUAAGUGUAGUCUCGUUCGAAUGAUAAUAGACAUCUAUCAGUCCUAUCAAAAGUACAAGUGCACUGAUAUUAAAAUUGUCAAUGAUGAUCUGAAGAACAUUAUCUUUGAGCACUUCAUAAACAAAAUAAAAGAGGUCAACAUGACAGAAGAGGUCAAGGAUGAGGAGAAGGUAGCGGAUGAAAUCAAGAGAUUUUGCUAUCAUAGAGGCAACAAAGUGCUCGAAAGAUUUAAAUGUUCCGCGCAAUUAGGGUGGAGUUUUGAGGGAGAAUUUGAUCAAAGCAUUCUUCUAUGGCACAUUGCAACAGAUCUAUGUUAUAAUUGUGUCUCAGGUGAAGGUGCAGAUACAAACAGUGGUCAAAAUUUUAGAGAAGCAAGCAAAUUGUUAUCAGAGUAUAUGUUGUUUCUUCUUGUGAUGAGACCAUCCAUGCUGCCAAAUGGGAUUGGUGAGAUCAGGUUUCAAGACACAUGUGCUGAGGCAACUGAAUUUGUGAAGGACAGAAAGUCCAUAAAACGCAAGAAGGAAGCAUUCGAAAUGCUACUCAUAGUGAGUAGUGAGAGUGAAAAUGUUCAUCCUUCACAGGUUAAAGGCGAUAGAAGCAAGUCUAUAUUAUUUGAUGCAUGCAGGUUGGCCAUGCGUUUAACAAAGCUUAGGAACGAGGAUGAGGGGGAGACUAAAAGAAUGUGGGAGUUAAUCACUCAGGUGUGGGUUGAAAUGCUAGGUUAUGCUGCUAGUCACUGCCAAGGGAUUCAUCAUGCUCAGCAACUAAGACAUGGUGGAGAACUCCUCACACAUGUUUGUCUUCUCAUGGCACAUCUUGGGAUAACAGAUCAGUUUCAAAUCUCAAAAGGGCAUGCCAGGAAAAAAUUGAUACGCAAGUGA